GUGACAUCAACCGAUAGGAAUGCAUGUGUGCGCGCAGUCUGCAGCUGAUUAGUGGACCGGGGCGUUCCGGACCCACCGGACAGUGUGGGCGGGAACAAAACACAGUCCCAUUCUCUGGACGAGCAGCAGAAACAACCUGGAGGAGGCACGAGAAGCACGGGGAACGGAAAGGCCAGAUAAUCGACAUAUUACCAUUCUCUCUGCUGGUUUUGUUUUUCUUCUUCGUGAGUUCGUGUUCCGGCGGCAACAUGUUUUCAGCGGGUCCGAAAACGUUGCUGUUGGUGCUGGUGUGUGCGCGCGCUGCCUCGGGGAGAGCCACCAACGACACACAACGUGCACGAGGGAGAACCUUCUCUUUUUUUGACCCUUUAGCCGAUCCCGUGACCCUGGAUGCACCAGAUGAUGGCGUUGCCAAAUCGAAUCGCUCCACCGGUGUGCCGGUGCAUAACGUAACCAAGGAAAUCUCCGAGGAGGCGCUGGUGUUUCUGACGGGCCCGGUGUCCACCGUCCUCAUACCUUCCUUCUACACGCUGGUCUGCGUAUUCAGUGUUCCGAUCAACAUCUGCGCGCUGCUGGCCUUCGCUCGGAGGAUCCGUCCUAAGAAGCCGGCGGCCAUCUACAUGCUGAACCUGGCCUGUGCUGACCUGCUCUUUGCCGCGCUGCUCCCCUUCAAGAUCGCCUACCACUUUGGCGGCAACAACUGGAUAUUCGGAGCACUCGCGUGCCGCGUUGUCACCGCGGCUUUUUACUGGAACAUGUAUUGCUCUAUUCUCCUCAUAGGCUGCAUCAGCGUGGACCGGCUUCUCGCUGUAGUCUAUCCAAUCAAAUCCCUGGCUUGGAGGAGGCCGCAGAGGUCAUACAUAGCAUGCGCAGCCAUGUGGAUGCUGUCCUUCGCCGGUUCGGUGCCGCUCGUCCUCUCCACCCAUACCAUCUACCUGAGACAGUUGGACAUCACCACCUGCCACGAUGUCCAGCACUUGGAAGACCUCAUCGGGCACUACAGGAUCUACUUCAUCGCGCUCUGCUGCGCCCUCUUCUUCCUGCCGCUGCUCAUCACAGUGGUGUCCUACGUGUGGGUCAUCUGGUCGCUGAGCAGAGUCCCGCGCGGGGUUCCAGGACGCUCGCGCAGGAGAACCAGAGCAGUGGUGAUAGCUUUGACCGUGCUGGUGAUGUUCGUGCUGUGUUUCACGCCCACCAACUGUCUGCUUCUGGCGCACUACCUGCAGUUCAACAAGGGAGUCCAGCAGAGCCGGGCCGCCCCCGAUGGCUCCUACGCAGUCUAUCUGGUCUUUAUGUGUUUGGGAAGCCUCAACUGCCUGCUGGAUCCUCUGGUCUACUACUUUGGAUCGUCCCAAUGCCAGAGAGAACUGUCCCGCGUGUUGAGGUGUCAGAAGAUCACAGACAACAGCUGCAACAGUCACUCGUCAUCUGAUUCACGCCAAUCCAGCAGAGGAACAAUUGUGAAACCCAGACAUACAGAAAGCUCCCAAAUAAACACUCAAAACACAAAAAUGGACUCUUUCCAAGAGAGCCUCAACAGCCAGUACAAGAAGCUGCUGGUCUGACGCACUGGGCAGACAUGCAUCAGAGUGACUUUAACUGUGAUUUUAAAGCUGCCCUGCCACACGUUUUUCAUUACUUUGUGGUAAUGGCUGAAGUUCUACCAUAGACUCUGUAACAUUUUUUGUUGAAAAAAUACCUUUUUCCCCUUGUUUCAAGCCAUUCUAGUGUGCUACAGAAAGCCGCAAGAAGACUCAGCUCUAUUUGUGCCAGUUCUCAGUAAUACUCAACGAGCUUAGCUGCUUGACUCUUAUUGGCUAACAGCUAGCCAAUGAGAGCCUAACUAUCACCAACCUUUACCCAGCGCAACUGGUCCAGCUCAUGAAUAGUAAUGAGCUCAGACAACGUGACGUCAGACUGACCAGCUGUUGUGAUUGGCCUGAUUUCUCCUCUUAUGUCUCUCCAGUGGCUAGAGCUCACAGAGGAGGUAGACGUUCAUUUUCACAUUCACGACAUUACACAUUAACAUUAACACAUAUGGACCUAAAUAUUU